GUCAUUCUCUCCGUGUCGUUCCUACACAAUGUGUCUCCUCCUACUCGUCUUCGUGCCCCUGGUGGUGGGGGACUACCCCUUUAGAAAUACCUCUCUCCCCUGGGAGGACAGAGUCAACGAUCUCGUUGGGCGCCUCACCCUGGACGAGAUCCAGCUACAGAUGGCCCGUGGGGGCUCAGGACUAAACGGCGGCCCCGCCCCUGCUAUACCCCGUCUUGGUAUCAAGCCCUACUCCUGGAACACCGAGUGUCUCCGUGGGGAUGUGUGGGCGGGUGCCGCUACCUCCUUCCCCCAGGCACUAGGACUUGGAGCCUCAUUCAGCACAGAUCUGAUAUUCCGGGUAGCCCAGGCCACAGGUGAGGAGGUGAGGGCCAAGUAUAACGAUUUCACAGCGCAUGGGAUAUACGGCACUCACAAGGGUAUCAGCUGUUUCAGCCCAGUCAUCAACAUCGUGAGAGACCCCAGGUGGGGCAGGAAUCAGGAAACAUAUGGAGAGGAUCCACACCUGUCAGGUGUCUUUGCUGCCAAUUUCGUGAAGGGUCUCCAGGGAAGCGAUCCCCGCUACAUCAGAGCCAACGCCGGCUGCAAGCACUUCAAUGUCCAUGGCGGCCCCGAUAAUAUACCGGUGUCACGUUUCUCGUUUAAUGCAGAGGUGUCUGAAAGAGACUGGCGCACUACAUUUCUCCCAGCAUUCCGCACCUGUGUUAAGGCCGGGACCUACAGUCUCAUGUGCAGUUACAAUAAAAUCAACGGAGUUCCAGCAUGCGCCAACAAGAAGCUUCUGACGGAUAUUCUAAGAACCGAAUGGGGUUUCAAAGGUUACGUGGUCAGUGACCAAUCUGCCAUUGAGAACAUCAUCACUCUACACCACUACCUCAACAACAGCGUCGACACCGUCGCAGCGUGUGUGAAGGCUGGAUGCAACCUCGAGUUGUCACUAAACUUAACUCAGCCCGUUUUCAUGUCAGUUGUUGAUGCUGUGAAACAAGGCAAGCUGACUGAAGACGAGGUCAGGACCAGAGUUAAGGAGCUUUUUAAUGUCAGGAUGAGGCUUGGAGAGUUCGACCCACCGGAAAUGAAUCAAUACACAAAACUGAACGUUUCAAUAGUUCAGGGUGAGGCUCACAGGAACCUGUCUGUUGAGGCAGCAAUGAAGACAUUUGUGUUGCUGAAAAACCAAGAAAAUGUGCUUCCCUUAAAGCCAUCGAGCUACAAGAAUGUGGCGGUUGUCGGACCAAUGGCCAACAAUUCGAAUGCACUGUUUGGAGACUACUCCCCUGAUAUGAACCUCAGAUACACCACCAACCCUCUACAAGGCCUACAGUCUAUCUGGUCUACAGUGAGGUAUGGGGCAGGCUGCACAGACACCAAAUGCACUCAGUAUAACUCCCAGGAAGUCCAGACAGCAGCAAAAGGCAGUGAUCUACUUUUUGUGUGUCUUGGGACAGGUACGGAGAUAGAGGCUGAAGGCAACGACAGGGCCAAUCUGGACCUCCCUGGACAACAGCUGCAGCUGCUGCAGGAAGCUGUCACCGCCGGCCAGGUAUCGGGUGUGAAGGUCAUUCUUCUUCUCUUCAAUGCUGGACCACUCAACAUCACAUGGGCUGUUGACAGUCCAAAGGUUCACGCCAUCAUGGAACUAUUUUUGCCGGCACAAGCGACAGGCGAGGCAUUGCGACGGGUGCUUUUAGCUGAAGGACCCAACUCAGUUCCAGCUGCCAGACUUCCGGUCACGUGGCCAAGGUAUAUGGACACAGUGCCUGACAUGACAAAUUACUCAAUGGUCGGACGCACAUACCGGUACGCCACGUAUCCAGUUCUCUUCCCCUUCGGCUAUGGUCUUUCCUACACCAGCUUCUUCUACAACAUUUUGGAGUAUACCACUCAGGUGACAGCCGGAGACGACCUGACUGGUUCUGUCUCACUUAUCAAUCGAGGAUCUUUUGAUGCUGAUGAGGUCAUCCAGGUGUAUAUAUCCUGGUCGAACGCCACGGUGACGGUUCCACAGCUUCAGCUUGUGUCCUUCAACAGGAUGUUUGCACCACGGGGCGCCCAGACGUCAUGGGAAUUCACCAUCUCGGCUGAGUCCAUGGCAGUGUGGACUGAACAAAAUGGAUGGGUUGUUGAACCAGGUGUCAUUUCAAUAUGGGUAGGAGGUCAGCAGCCUAACGCCAGCCCCGCUGUUGAAUCCAAUGUCAUUGCUGGCCAGUUCACGGUUACAGGUGAAAAAGUACUUGGUCGAUAUUAAUGAAAAGCCAUGCCAACUUUUGUUUGCUUACUUCAAGUACAGUUGGACACUGGAUUUUUCUGGCUAUGUCCUAAAUAUGGAUAAAUGUAAAACAGCUUAUAAGUGACCAAUAAAACUAAUAUUGACCUGUGA